UUACGGAAGACAGUACUUAUUAUUGGUUGUCAUGGCGGCGUUUUAAUUUUUUUAAACUGAGAUUAGAUUGCUAGCUGUCGAAGUGUAUCCCGUACAAAUAGUCCCCGAGACACAUAUUUUCAAUUUAUUUACAUGAUAAUAAUUUAAGCAUAAUGUUGCAUGGCUAGAUACGUACUGAAACGUUAGGCUAAGGUUGGCAAAAUGGAUCAAAACUAACCGUUAGCUAGCUAUCUAGGCAGCUAGCCAGGGUUACAGCUGAUGUCGAUAUACCGCUAGCUAGCUAGCUAGAGGAUUUAGGAACAGCUAUGGCUGCAAACUUUCUGAAGGAGUCCCCGAUGACCUUAGGACAAUCGAAAAGCUGGGUCACAUUAGGUAUAAAUCGUAGCUCUCGAUGUUCUCAGAAUCAGUUACUUUUCAAUGCAGCUAUGCCUGCCAACGCCUAUAACCGUGCUACCCAAGUUGGCCCACCUGCACCCAUUGUGAUUGAGAAGCUGAUGCCCUGGGUAGAGAAGCGGGAUGACCUGGAUAGCAACUGCAGCUCUCUGUGUUUCUCUGCUCUGUCUGAGGAGCGUCUGCUGGCUGCAGUCAGGCUGGCCAAGAGAGAUCUGAGGAAGAGGCGACAGGAGUCAUUGAACAGCUCCCCCAUCAGACCACAGCCAGAGGAGACCACUCCCAUCAAGAACAAUGUGGAGCAGCAGAAGGGGGUUGUUCCUAAGGGGACGUCCAAGACGGCCGGCCCCAAAGAAGAAGUGAUUCAGUCUGGAGCCAAGGUGCUUGUUUACACCCCCCAGAAGUACGUCUCCAUACCCCCUGGGCCUGAUCAUGGCCGGUCCCCCCCAACAAAAGACCCAGGCCCAAGGCAAACAGCCAGCAAGGAGCCCCACACAGCCCUCAGCCAGGAGGUCCGCAGGCUGCAGAGAGAGCUGGCCAACUUCAUCCAGAGAAUAGACCAGCUGGCUAACAGAGGGCGAAUGGUUGUAGAGCCAUUGGAGCCUGAUGAACAGCGCAGGGUGGAGGUCCGGAGACAGGAACAGGCAGCCCGCUCUGCACGCAUCAUCUAUGUGCUGCAACAACAGGUGAAAGAGAUCCAAGAGGAUUUAGACAAACUACGCUCCCAGAAGAUUCAGCACACAAACAAAUCCAAAGCAAUGGACAGGUUGGCUGCUGCCCACAGAGGGGCGGUCAGGGCCAUGCAGGUGUUCACUAAUCAGCUGUCUGACACGUCUGAGGGCAGGAUGCCCUCCUAUUAUAAAGAGCUGGGCCAGCUGAUCCGCCAGCUCUCUCUGUGCUCGGCCAAGGUGGAGGUGGGCCAGGGAUCAGCCGUCCCAGAGACUGCCCUGGACAUCCUGCUGAAACUAGAGACCCUGGAUACUGCUCUAAGCAAGCAGGAGAGUCACGCACAGUGGAGACAUGCCCGAGUACGCAGCUCCUCCCCUGCACGCCACCGCAGGUCUCCACAUCGCAGCACGUCUCCUCCCCGUCGACCCAGGGGCCCCGCCACCAGGGGUCUCAGAGGACCUCGUAGAGCAGCAGGCCCCAAGAAGUCCUUCCCCGCAGAUAGGAGGGCGGUCCCUCUGCAUCAGCAGCCCCCCGGAGCCACAGAGCCUCCUCCACAACUGCAUCGCAGCCAGGUGCUCAGCGCUGGCCUGGAGAGCCUGGUCCAUUUCAGGGAAGGAGGGGGGCAGGUCCCCAACAGUCAAGGAGGAGCACUGCACUCCGACAGGACAAAGAAGCAGGGAGCCCAUGUGAGGGAUGCAGGUUUCCAGCAGCCCACAGUGGCUUCCAGGCUGAGGGUGUGUCAGCACCCACAGAAGGAGGCCUCUGUGCCCUGGAUACCGACGUCACCUCACUCUCCUAAACAACAACAACAGCGCUCCCCUCAGAAGAGGCCAGAGCCUCGAUGUCUCUUCUCCCCCCUGAAGCCCUCCUCAGGACCCUCAGAGCAGCAGCUAAUUGGUGUGGUGACAGCAGAGCAGCACCAGGGUCUGAUCUCUGAUAGACAGAGACAAGCCCACAACGAAGCCCUCAGGCAAGCCUGGCUGGACAGGAUGACCAUGCAGAGACUGAGAGACCUAAAUCAGCUGAGUAAAGAUGAAGCAGAACGCAUCCAGAGACUCCGGUCUGAGGUGGGCUCUCCAACCCAGUGGGCUGAGAGAGCUGAGCAGGAGGCCCGGGGGAGACUUCAGCCUCUGUUGAACCAAGCCCAGCAGAUGGGAGCGGCUGCCUCUCAGACCCGGGACAGAAAGGCCACAUCGGCACUGAGGCAUCAACUGUCUGAACAGGCUGCAGACAGAGCUGCGGAGAACGCUGAGGUGCUGAGUGAGGCCCUGCUAGAGGAGCUGCUGGCCGAUGCCGCGCGGGCCGCCUGGGCGGUGGAGACAGACAGACGGACGGAGGGUUUGGCCCAGCUCCAGCUCCAAGCCCCCACCCUGGAGAGCAUGCUGCUACGCAUGGAGGAGAUGGAGAAAGACCAGGAAGCUGUGAGGAGGCGUUUUGCUACCCUCACAUACUCAGACCCUUACUACUGGAACAGAGGGGACACUACUGGGCCCCAGAGGUCUGUUCCAAUCUCCAGGCCAGUCUCUCCUCAGCCCGUUAGGCUCACCAGGCCAGCACUGAGACACACCACCACAGCUGACAUUGUCCUGGAGAUCCCCGUGGAGACCGGUGUCCUGUUUGAGGGCAGCAUCAGGGAGGAGGUCUCCCCAGGUCAACCUGGCGGCAGCAGCACCUUCCCAGCCCCAGGGGAGAGGUGGGGAGACGGGACGCGACUCUCUGUGCCAGCCAGCAUGCAGAGGAAUAUCCAGCAAUACAGACAGGACCACGAGGCUUACCUCCGCCUGGUAGCCCACGAGGCUGUGGGCAGCUUCAACCCCUGGGCCAUUGCAGACAGUCUGUCAGAGGAGCUUAUGUCCGAGGCCCUGGCCGACGUAGCAGCAGAGUUCCAGGACGUCUGUGAGGAGUACGCAGAGGCUGUCUUCACCUCCGAGUUCCUUCAGCCAAUCACGUCACCUCCUGCUCCAGUUCCACCGUUAGACAUCCAAUAGAUCCUCUUCCUAUUCACAGACGUUGGGCGAGUUAGUUAGGUGUACUGCGUAGGUGGAUAUUUCAAUUCAGGACCAAUGGAAUAGUCAAAAAAGUGCAUGUGACAACAUUCAGAAUAGAAUGGAACUAAAGCAAUGCAGAUUAUUCCUAUUUGGCAGGUUCCUUUCUGUUGUUCUUACAGAGGGAUGGGUGAAUUCCACUGGGAAAGUUGGUUUUGAUACAUUUAGAGAGAAUAUUACUACAUUACAGGGGAUUAGAAGAUUAUGUCUCCCUUCUUUCCAUAAAUAAAGCUCUCCCAGAGGAUUACUCACGCUUUCCGUUUCCACAUUGAAACAUGGAAGUAAAUUCAUUGUUUGGGGGAAUUAACAAUAGGGGGUAAGCAAGCCAAGGGCGCGAUUCAUUGGUUAAUAGGAAAUCCGGAUAGCAUAUUGCAGUCAUUGAAAUUGUGUGCUUCACUUCCCAUGGCAUGCACCAAAUACUCUCUUAGCCAAAUUAGUAAUUUUAAAUUCAAUGAGAGCGCAUAUGUCAUGAGUGCACGUUGGAUGAGGGAGCGGCCUGAGCGGAUGUUCUCAGGCCGUGGAGAGAGACUUGAAAGCAGCUGUGAAGGAGGAGAGAGACACAUUCAGAUGUUGAGUUGGCCCCUAGAGGAUCUGACUGUGACAGUGGACAGAGAGUAACUGAGUGAAUUAGCUCACUCUGAAUCAGACCCUCUUUCUCCCCGCCAACUGUGUUUUGUGUGGGUGUCUGAAUACAUACAGGGUUAUGCACGUACACAUGUCUCACUCUCACAGUUCUGUUUCUUCCCAGAGCUCUAUACGAAUUGGAAUCUAGGAGCCAUUGCAGCAUUAUAAUAGGAGUUUUUGAAUUGCAGAAUACUUGAAAUUGAAAAACAUAUUGUUUGUCUGUGAGAGUCAGGGUGGCUCAUUUCUAAUUAUUUGUCAUUGUGCUGAAUGCUGUCUGUGGUUAACUAGGUUUUGAAUGUAUCACCUCCCUCUCCAGACAGCCAACACAGACUCAUCACAGAAAUGUAUUUUCAACACAAUUAACAAACAGAACAACAAGAUCUGUUUAUGUUCUACUCUGAUCUGUUUACACAACACAGAACAUAAUGAAAUUGGUUUUGUGUGCUUUGAUACAUUUUAUUUUUGUGAUGUUUUAUGGCAUAUUCAUGGCAGACUGUUUUAUAAUGAUGCCCAAAGUACAUUUUGUAAUAACUUUUUUUCUGGUACAAUAUUUAAAGGUUGUUUUAUUUUGUCAAAAUGAGGUAUCGGGAUGAUUCACUUGAUAACUUUAAUGAUAUUAGUAUUAAAACAUAUUUUUCAAAUGAGAUGCAUCUUGCUUGAUCAAUUUGAACUACAGCCACCCAGAUACAGGACUGUUCUAAUGGUGAAAAUGGUCUGUACCUACAGUAUGUUAGCCAGCAUAAUUAUCCUUGUCAAAGACAGAAUUCAUGUGACCAUGAAUAUUGACAAGUCAUAAUAUGAAUUAUGUGGAACACACAGUGACUUAUUUUGAGGCAAUGAUGUCCAUUCUGGCUGGAUAGAAUCAUUUUAGGUUUCCCUCGGGGGACAGUUCAGCUGAUGGCUGGUACUUUUCACAAUUCUUAGAAAAUUGGAUAUGAUCUUUAGCCAAGUGAGAUCAUUUUUCACUCUAUAGUACCCAUAUGGACAUAUUUACCUGUUUACAGAACCAGUGACAUUCUCUUACUCUGAACAACUACUGAAGAGAUUGUAGACGUUGGAUCCAAUCUCUGGGCGUGGAUAUGGGAGAGGAGUGCAGCUGCUCCAGUUGAGAAAUUGACCAGUACAGUAUGUGAUCUCCCUGGGCUGUGAUCUCCCUGACGUCAUCAUAUAGUCUGACCUAUAAAAUCUCUGCAUCAGCAGCGAGAGAGAAAUAACCUUGUUUCCCCCUCAGAACAAGGCUGUGGGUAAUCUUAAAGCAGUGGCAGUCAGAGCUAGCUAUCAAAUGUGAAACCCUUAUCCUUGCUUUGUCAUGAGGCAUGGUUAGAAUUUGAAGAUGUAUUGAAAGCUAAGUCUGUGUGGAUGGCCAAAAGGCUAAAUUCAUUUAUUUCAGACUUGAGGUGCAACGUUCAUUGUUGUUAGUAGACGAUCUGCACAUCUCUUGGCUUCUUUUCUGCUAGAACCCACUGACCUUCACUCUGAAACAGCCCCAUGUCUCUUAUAACAGACGGGUACAUAAAUGGGACAAAUACAGUAGUGUAGAAAGACAAUUGGUUCUGAGUGCUGAGAUCAGGUGCUUUAGUUUCACCCCCUUUUUCACUCAGAACAGCCUCAAUUUGCCAGAGAAUGGACUGUACAAGGUGUCAAGCUUUCCACAGGGAUGCUGGACCAUGCUCACUCCAAUGCUUCCCACAGUUGUGCCAUGUUGGUUGGAUGUUCUUUGGAUGGUGGACUAUUCUUGAUACACACAGGAAACUGUUAAGUGUAAAAAUCCCAAAGGCCUUUUCAGCCUUGUUGGAAACCAUCAAGCGUAACGUGAUAAACAUCCAUCGCCCCACCAGCCUUUGCCUUCCUACUGAUUCUCUGUCUGUUUGCUUUUUGUUUGUUUACUUCAGGAAAAUAUUGUGUGCUUGUUUUCAAAAUGCUUAAUGUGGUUGAUAAAGAAUUGAAACCAUGUGUUUAUAUUUGUUUUUGAAUAAACUGUUUUUUUAUGAACAACC